UUGCUGUUGAUUAAUUGCAUGAAAAAAACGACGAGAGUUGAUCAACAGAAGAACGAGCAUUGUUACACAGAAUAAAGUCCCACUGUAAACGAUUUCAAUCUAUUCUAAGAAUAAAGGUGGCUUGUUACUAACGCUGUAAGUAGUCAUGAUAGAUCAGCUGUCGGAUUAUUGGUGAUAAAAUUCACAUCGGCACCAUACUGUAGAUAGUCAACAAUUUUCUUACUUUAUUUCCAUUGUUUCUUACCGUUUUAUCCUUAAUUUGUGCUCUCAUCUCUCAUAAUUCCAUAUAUUAUCCUCAUGAUUGGAUUAUUAUCAUCGCACUCAUCUAGAUAAUAUUUCUCCUGUUAUGCACUAUAUUUAAAUGAUUUUUCGUGUUACAAUAACCAUGACUCAAUAUCUUAAGACGGUUUUGAUAGAAUGACCCAACCAGAAGUGGCCUAAUCGCCUCCUUUCUUAAUGAGGUGGGAUAUAUUUAUGUAGACGAGUAUUUGUGUAUAUAUUUUCGGUAGUCAAGUUGGCGUCCUUUCUCUUUUUUGCCCUCACUCAAGUGGCCAACAAGUGUCGCGAUCGGAUCUCAGGACCAUGCGUUUUGGCCAUUGUAACAAUAACCAUGGAUUUCUGAAGCUGUAGAGCUUGAUGACGAAGUUAUUGAAAACUACUAUUCGCUGCAAAAUUGUUUAUUAUCAAGCACUAUGUGGGAAUCUUUUAACUGCUAAUUUGUGAUCAUUGUGAAGAUUUUCAUCACUUAUCAACAGAGUACUUUUUGACCUCAGAAUCUGCUUUAAAACAGAAGUUUAUUUUUCAGAAAUUCUUCUACUAAGAUCUAGCAAAAAUUUUUUUUAUCUGCUAUAGCAAUCAGAUGAGACUUGAUAUUGAAUUUUCCGGUGGGGCUGAACUUUUGUUUAACAAACAAAAAGAAUAUCAAGUUGAUCUACCCCCAACAGUAGUGCGGCUAGGUGAUUUGCUUGUUUGGUUGGAGAAGAAUCUUUUACAGGAACGUCCUGAACUUUUUUUACAAGGGAAAAGUGUUCGACCUGGAAUCCUCAUUCUAAUCAAUGAUGUAGAUUACAGUUUAUUGGGCGAAAAUGAUUAUAUUUUGAAGGAAAUGGAUAAAGUUAUAUUUAUUUCUUCAUUGCACGGUGGUUAA